AUGAAUUUCAGACGGCUAAUUGGAAAGCUAUUUGUGUGCUGGCUGGUACAGAUAUACGUGGAGAGGAAGCCCCCGCAUUGUUACGGCAGCAAUACGAAGGCUCCGAAGCCGCCGCUCCCGAAGGAGGAUCAAAAUGGAGAUACGUCUGGACUGACGAACAGUGUGGACUCGCUGGUGGAGAACAUCAUAGAAGUAGUGCACUACCUGGAAAACAUGAACAAUUACAUCAUCGAUUUUAAGAAAGAACUGCAAAGCAAAUUCGAGCACCUGGUUCAGCACGACGCCAAUCUGUAUGAGUCCUACGAAUACAAUGAAAAUAUCUUGACCCAUAUUUACAGCUACAAUGAGAACAAGCUACACAGGUAUUCAAAAUAUUUGGAGAAUUUGAAGAGUGUCAAGUUAGAGAUGUUUAAUGAUACGAUUAAUAACAUCCAGAGAGACAAUAUAUACUACGUCAACUUCGUGUACAAGAACCUCCUCUCGAAGAUUGACUUGCUGAGCGACCUCAACAAGAAGAAUUUGGACAAGGAGAGUCGAAAAAACCUGCAGGAGCUGAACAAGUACCUGGAUGCUCUGAAGGACAAGAUGAUGAGCAUGGAGCAAAAGUUCAGCCAAGUGAUAAAGGACAAGUCGGAAAGUAUACGGAACUCGCAUCAAGAGAACAUGAACAAGUUCGAAACGUCUGCGAGGGACUACCUCAACGGGAAUAGCAACUUUGACACUUUCUCCAGUUACGUAAUAAAUGACUUCCUCCUAAAUGGAAAAAGAAUAAAUGUCCUAAAUUAUGAAAAUAAUUCCUUCUUCAAGAGUAACUUCCUCUACUUCAAUUUUCUGCACAAUUAUAUUAAGGGGAAAAAAAAUGAAAAAGUUAUGAAUAUCUAUAUUUAUUUGAAGGACCCGCUGAUAAAGGAAUAUGAGCUGUCCUACUUCAAUUACUACGUCAUCGUGGAUCUACACAUCGUGGAUGUCAUCGUAAAAAAUGUAGAGAUGUUAGCCAAAGCGAAGGGCAGAAGCAAAAGCGAUUUUAACGACGUGCUUAUCUGUGUGGAUAAUUACACAGUCAAGUACAACGUACUAUCCAGCAACAUUUAUUUGGACAUGAAGCCAGACAUUAGGAAAUUUUUCUCAAACAAUAUAGCAAACAAAAUUGACGACAAGAAGAUCCAAGCAAUAUUGGCUCAUCUCAGGAAAAAAAACAAAGCGAAUUAUGAGAAUACCAUUUUUAAUGAUGAAUACCAUAUGAAGAUGGAGAGUGGGGAGGAGGCGACCGAUGGAGCCUCUGCUAAGAAGGAGAACAACCUGACCAGUGGCAGCGGCCAAUCCAACCUCUACAUCAUGAAGAAGAACAUCUUCUUCGACUCGAAGAAGGAGUACUACAAAAAGUUCCUGUCCUUCUACACAUACGAAGAAAUAUUUCGCAUCCUCUGUAAUGACAACAGCCGCUGCAGUGUGAACAUCCUCAAUUCGUUGGACGACGUGAACAAGAACACAUUCAUCUUGAGGAGCCACCUGACUAUUAAGAACGAGCUGAAGAAGUUUUUCCAGGUCCACCAGAGCGAGCUGCUUAGCAGAAGGCGUCAGGGGAAGUCAGGCGAACUAGGUGUGUCCAGCCAACCAGGUGUUUCGAGCCAAGCGGCCACCCGCCUCGCCCAAAGCAUAUGCCCCGUACAGAAGCAAAACAUAUUCUCCACAAGCAACACGUGCCCGAGGCAGGGAGGGAACAACCCCCAACCCGUCCCGUGCAGCCAGGACAACCUUAUCAAAAUGAACAAUGUGGAUGAUUACCUGAAUACGUAUUACGUGUCGUAUCACGAUUCGUUUAAGGUGGUGAAGCGGGAGCAAUACUACUCCAUCCUUUCGCACAUAUUUGAGAGCUACUUGAACAAGGCUGACUCACCCGAAAUGGCUGGUCAGUUUCCACACCAGAGGAGCCGACACAGCAUCUCCAUAAACUACUUGGGGAUGCUGCCCGAAAUUGUGAAGGCGUACAAGACGUUCAAGUACUGCAAUUCUUUGUACGCGCUGGGGAACACAUACAUCCGAAAGGGGGCCGAGGGGGACACGGGACCGGAAGCAGAGGAGGAGCAAGAGGCAGAGACAGAGGGGGAGGAAGGGACACAGGAAGAGACAGAGUCAGACGGGGAGGACGACUCGGAAGAGGAAGAUGAAGAGGAGGAGACCAACGGAGAGCCUGCCAACGCCGAGAAGGGGAAGCCGGGUGAAGCAGGACCAAUACAGCCGCACAAAGAAAUAACGAACGAAAUCGCCUUCCUAAAAAGGCACAACCACAAAUACAUGAAGCUAUUCCAGCAGCACGUAGAGGAGGAGAUUAAAUUCAUAAACUUCUUUGAAGUGCUCAUAAAAAAAAAAGUAGCAGUUAUCCUGGAGAAGAACGAGUUUUUGAAGCUAUACAUUUUCUAUGGGAAAAAGAAGCUUCCCACUCUGCCCUACACGAACUUGUUCUUUAACUGUAGGACUAUAAUAAAGAUUGAGGUGCUCAGAGAUGUGAACACAAAACAGAUAAUCUACUCCAGUAGAUCCUUCUUCUUGGAGACCUUGAUAACAUUGAAGGAGUAUAAAAUAAGAAACGAGAGCGCCUACAUCAUCAUUGAAACGUCCGAUGAAACGAGCUCCAUUAAGAAAAGACUCAAGAUGGAAAUGCUCUACAGAAUAUCUCCCAUGUCCCAUAUAAAUGCCUACAUAAUUUCGAACAAUGGGAGGGAGACUGUUUACCACAAGGGCAACUUGUACCAGCGGUCUGCCAAUGACAUCAAGGAUGUGAUCAGUGACAUUCGCAAUGAUUUUCUCAACAUCAUUCUCCCUCAGUACAAUUUGUUCGACCUGUUCGACAGCCACAUAUACAUCAUCAUUUGUUUGAAGAACGAGAACUGCUAA